CCGUAUCUCACCAUGCCGCUGCCAGCAGACUGGUUACUGCGCCACUCUGUGGUUAUGUGUCUGCUGCUGCACAGCCUUGUGCUGAUGACCUUCUGCUUCCACCACGCGGCCACCAGUUGCUCCAAGAGCUGCUACUGCUCACAGAACGAGGUGGGGGGAAAGACAGUGCGCUGCAGCAACCUCCGGCUGACCGAGAUCCCUCAGGACAUCCCUAAUGACACCCGACGCCUCUACCUGGACUUCAACCUCCUCACCACUGUCCCCACCAAUGCCUUCCUGGAGCUACCCCUGCUCAAUGAGCUUGACCUCUCUCAUAACGAGUUGGUUCAACUGGAGCCGGGGGCCUUCCGGGGCCUUGGCGGCUCCCUGCAAUUCCUGGACCUUUCCUCCAACAGGCUCAUGACCCUCAACCCCGAGGCCUUUGAGGGCCUGCAGUCAAGAGCCAACCUCACCCACAACCCCUGGCACUGCGACUGCAACCUGCAGAACGUGAUGCCCCAAGUGGACCUGGAGCCCACCUCCCUGGCCGGCAUUGUGUGCCAGACCUCUGAGCCUGAGGACGUGGGAGCCCAGGGCACCCCUUUCCUGCUGGCCAAGGACCUGGACUUGUGCGUGGUGCUGAAGAAGACCACGGACGUGGCCAUGCUGGUUACCAUGUUUGGCUGGUUCACCAUGGUCAUCUCUUACCUGGUCUACUAUGUGCGGCACAACCAGGAGGAUGCCCGCCGCCACCUGGAGUACCUCAAGUCCCUGCCCAGCAAGCAGGGGAAGUCGGAGGAGUCUUCCACCAUAAGCACUGUGGUGUAG